AUGUCUAUUGUUGUGCUCUGGGACCUCGACCUAGGUAACAUCAAAGCUACCCCUUACAUCGAACUACGUGUCGCUUCUCCAUUACUACCUCCACCACUCAAGGAUGCCAACCACUACCCCCCACUUCCCGGGACCUCCUUCCCGGGCUUAUACUCCAUCGGGAGCUCUCAUGUUCAAAACCUACGUCAACUACGAUCUACAAACGAUCCUACGUUGAUGUCCUUAGCUAGUACAACCCAUACUACGCUACGCCCUUCCAUCUACUAG